UCCAGGACUCUCCUAUCGGCUCCCGACAACGCCAUGAAGUCUGAACGGAUCCACUUUUCUCUGUGCCUCAUCUUUUCCCUGCCCUUCCAUACAUUUUCAGGGAUUCUCUUUCCCGAAUAUCUCAGAAAAGAACUGUGUAAAACCUCACACCUUGGAUUGAGAAAUGAAAUCUGCAACUACCCCCCAUUGUUCGGCACCUGCAAAUUAACUUUGACCCGAUAUUACUACAACACCUUGACAUUUUUGUGUGAGCCCUUCAUGUUCUCUGGCUGUGGAGGCAACAGAAACAACUUUAAACAAAAAUACAUCUGUGAAAAGAUGUGUAUUCUGAAAAGCAGGAAAAAGUAAGCUUAAUACGACAGAAGGAAGAAAUAAGGAAGAGGAAAACGUAUGCCCAAAUUAUUCUGAGUAAAUAAAUUGGACUAUUGCUAGAA